AUGUCUGGCCAGCAGUUCCCUCAAAUUGGUGGUCCCGUUCAACAUCAGUCCUCAAUGGGUGGACCUAUGCAGAUGAACUAUCAAGGUCAGCCGCACACAGGCCAGUCAGCUCAGCAGGGCCAACAACAACCGCGGAAUACCAUGGGACAGUUCACAUCCAGGGAUGGUACAAUGACUAUGGACUAUCAGCAAGGUGGUCGAGGACGGCAACCUAUGCAAAUGAAUCAACAAAUGGGACCACAGGGCGGAAUGGGCCGCGGCAGUAUCCCUGGUGGACAGAUGAGUGGUCAAGCGCAUAUGGGCUCGCAGCAUAUUCCUGAAGGUCAACAAGUGAUGGGACAACAGAUUGGUGGACAUGCAAUGGGUUCACAACAAAUGUCUCAUCAAAUGGGUCAAACUUCGAUGUCGGGGCAGCAGCAGUACUAUAUGCAGCAGUCAGAUCAGAGGUGA